AUGGGUCCCCCUCCCUCCCACUCAGAGCCACCUUCUCCAGCAGAGGGAAACCGAGGGAUUUCCCCCAACGCGCCCCCCCACAAAUCCAACUUCCUGUACCCCAGAAGCCCCUCCCCCAAGUCUCUUAGCUCUCCUAUGCCUCUUCUCCCCGCGUGCCCCACCACAGCCCUCACGUGCCCAACCCCCGACCCUGAGAGCAAUCCCUCCCCCAUCUCACGUGUCCCCGUGGGGCGACCCCAAAUCCCUCCCCAGGUCCCAAUCCCAACCCCAACGGUCCCGUUCUCCAGCGUGGCGGCCCCGCGCUCGCCGUUCAACCUUCCCCCAACACCCCCCCCCUUCACCCUGCGUCGCGCCAACGUCACCCGCCCGGACCGUAACCGCCGCACCACGCGCCAGACCCGCAGGGUGAGCGCGCGCUCCCUUCGGGCCCCGCGAGGCGACCGUCAGCCCUUCCCCUCCCCCGCCUGUCCGCUGGCCCCUCCGUUCCACUCCAUUCCAUUCCUUCCUCUCAGCCUCCCCAACUGGGGCAUUUGCGCACGCGCAUACUACCCGCCCUCACCUCGUGCGAACGUACCGACUGGACCCCCGUCCGCCCGCCGCAAGCUCAACCGCUACCGCCAAGCCUACUGCUGCCGCCGCCGCCGCUACCGCUGCCGCUGCCGCUGCUGCUGCACACGGGUCCUAGUGCGCAGGCGCUGGCUCCCCACUGACCAACCAAGCAGCCGUCUGACAGCCGCGCAGGCGCUCUCCCCUUCUUCUCCCCCCACCCCCUCCGCGCUCCACCCCCGCACUACGCAGGCGCACUGGCUCACUCCCCGCUUCUCCCCCCUCCCACCCACCCAGCUAUCGUUUAAUGCGCUUGCGCAUUCUGUUCUUCUGAAGUUCCCCAGCACUCCCAUUCCUCGAACAACGCGCAAGCGCAUUUCAUCCCCACCCCCCCCACCCCGCGUUCUCGCCUAA